CCAAACUCCACACAUCACUACGCUCGUCUCGAGUCUAAAGAGAACUAUCCUCAGACUCCUCGUCUCUACCAGACACAUGUCGGUAGCAGCAUCAUCCAACCGCUGGCUCUCGGACUGCCUCUGCGAGCUCAUGGCGUCCCCGCACGUCGCCAUGCCGCACCACGGCGGCAUGCACCUCGGUCCAGGACCAGUGGACCUCUUUACAACCCGGUUCAACGAGUACUUCGGCCGCGAAGCGUGCGGCACGCUCUGCGGACGCCCCGUCGACCGCGAGGGCCUGAAGACCGGGUUGUUAGCCUUACAGAAACGAUGGAACCCAGAGGCGGUCAGGGUCGGGAACGACCCCCAGCUGAACGGCAUACCUCUGGGACACAACAUUCUCGCCACUGAGGUCGAGUGGACACCAGAAGGCUCUGCGGUGCCUGAGGUCGUCCUCGCCGAGGCUUCAGUUGGCGAAGAGGGCGGCCACGAGCAGAUCCGGUUCCUGAAGAUGGAGGGCAACUCUGCUCUCUUCCGAGUUUGAUCGCAUCGUCGCGCAAUAGCGCUGCGGGCCCUGCCAUCGCUCCCGGAUCGACCUUGGCUGCGAAUGCCAUGUAAUUGUAUCGUGCACCGAACGAUGGACAUUUCCCGGUGCGGGUUGGAUUGUAUCAUAUUUUCCAGGACACGAUGUCCUCCACUCAUCUCUAAUGUACCCUACGAUGUAUUAUUAGUCCAUUAUGCACGCUGAAGCAUAGUUUGACUCACC